CCUUGCCUGACCACAUCUAAUCCCCUCUUUCUCUUUUUGAACUAAUUUGGAGCCUCGAAAUGAGCCCAAUACGACAAUAUUGAGCCAGUUAAGAAGGUCGCCGCCCAAAGUCUCGAGCUUGAUUAACACCAAUCGUAUGAUUCUAGCGACCUGAGAACCAGAACGUCGGCCAGCGUCCCUCUGACGAAGUCCACGUUUGUGUACCACUUACGCCGUGGCUUCCAAGCAGCUUCUCGCAAUCGCAGGGACGAUUGUUACCCGUCGUCCGCUCAGGAUGGCUCCUAAGCAAGCCACCUUGGGCAAGUUCUUUGGAAAAGGAAGCCAGCCCGCGCCGACGCAACAGACCAAGUUGUCCUUUGCCACCAAGCCCGCACCCACGAAAGACAAGAAGGAGGAAGAGGAGAAGGAUGAGGUUGUGAGCAGCCCGGGCACGAAUGAUGAACUGGCAUCUGAUCAAGAUACGAAGAAGCGACCUCGCGUGGUAUCCGCAACUGCCACAAAGAAAUCUUCACCAAAGAGCAAAAGCACUGCUAUUAAGAAUGAGGAACCGGACGACGAAGAGCCGCCUGUCAAAAAGGCGAGGCGAAGUCGAAAGGUCAUCGAAGAGGAUGAGGACGACGAGGUAAUAGACGACGUCAAAGCGGAAGCCACUGCGUCAGAUCAAGAUAGCAAACCUGUGAAGAGGCAUCUUUCGCCUUCGGUUAAGAAGGAAGUCAAAGAGAGCAAAUCCAAAACAGUCAAAGACGAGCCGACAAGGACACCCAAAGCUUCCAAACGUGGCAAAUCCGCUAUCAAGGAAGAGGACGGAGAUGAAUCGGUCAAAGAGGUUUCUGCCUCCGAGUCUGCUUCGGAAGUAGAAGAUGACAUUGACGAGGAGGACGAGAAACCCACUGCUGCUGCCAAGGUCCGCAAGACUGUCCAGAAGACUCUUCUACAGCCUACAACCAAGGAUCCAUACCCCGACUGGAAGCCAGGCGAGCCUGUUCCAUAUGCAGCACUCUGCACUACUUUCUCUUUGGUAGAGCUCACUACCAAGCGGCUCAUCAUAAUAGAGCACUGCUCGCGAUUCCUGCGACAAGUCUUGAAGCUGACUCCUGAAGACCUCCUUCCUACGGUUCUACUCAUGAUUAACAAACUAGCCGCAGACUACGCCGGUAUCGAACUGGGAAUUGGCGAGUCACUCAUCAUGAAGGCAAUUGGCGAGUCGACGGGUCGCAGCUUGGCAAUUAUCAAGCAGGACCAACGAGAGAUUGGUGAUUUAGGUCUUGUUGCUGUCAAGUCGCGGUCGACACAACCGACAAUGUUCAAGCCCAAGCCCCUGACUGUCCGAGGUGUCUUUGCUGGGCUCACAAACAUUGCGACAAUCACAGGCAAUGGAGCACAGGGCCGCAAGGUCGACGUGAUCAAGAAGCUCCUCUCUGCCGCCGAUGUCAACAAUGCCGGCAAAGUCGACAUCAGCAAAGACAAGGGUGGCCCAAGCGAGGCCAAAUUCAUUGUCAGAUUCCUUGAGGGUAAACUCAGGCUCGGCUUGGCCGAAAGGACCGUCCUGCCAUCGCUGGCACAAGCUGUUAUCGCGCAUGAAUCCUCCAAGAAGGGCACCGUUCCCAGCACAAGCGACGUUGAAAAGGCCGAGCAGAUGCUGAAGACAGUUUACAGCGAGCUUCCAAGUUACGAAGUCAUCAUCCCGGCACUGCUGGAGCAUGGCAUCAUGAACCUGAAGGACAACUGCAAAUUGCGGCCAGGAAUCCCACUCAAGCCCAUGUUGGCCAAACCGACAAAGGCAAUCACUGAGGUGCUCGACAGAUUCGAGAACCAGACAUUUACGUGCGAGUACAAAUACGACGGUGAGCGGGCGCAGAUCCAUUAUGUAGCCAAGGAGGCGAACGAGCAGCUCAGCACAGCGCUGCCUGGCGCCACCAAGGCUGUAGGGUCGGGCUUGGCCGCCAUUUUCUCGCGCAACUCAGAAGAUCUGUCGCAGAAAUACCCUGACAUCUUGGCAAAGCUGGACAGCUGGGUCAAACCGGAUACCAAGAGUUUUGUGCUCGACUGCGAAACAGUGGCCUGGGAUGUGCAGGAGAAGAAAGUGCUGCCAUUCCAGCAGCUCAUGACGCGCAAGAAGAAAGAUGUGAAGAUUGAGGAUGUCAAGGUCAAAGUGUGUGUUUUUGCAUUUGAUCUGUUAUACCUUAAUGGCGAAGCUGUUGUUGAGAAGCCGCUUCGCGAACGGCGGACUUUGCUCGAGUCCUCUUUCAAACCGAUCGAGGGCGAGUUCGCCUACGCCACACACAUGAAUGGCCAGGAGCUGGACGAGAUCCAGACCUUUUUGGACGAAAGUGUCAAAGCAUCAUGCGAGGGAUUGAUGGUCAAGAUGUUGGACGGCACUGAGAGUGGGUAUGAGCCCAGCAAGCGCAGUCGAAACUGGCUGAAGAUCAAAAAGGAUUACCUGUCAGGUAUUGGCGAUUCUCUUGACCUGGUGGUUCUUGGCGCAUAUUACGGCAAGGGCAAGCGUACGUCGGUGUAUGGAGCUUUCCUUCUCGCCUGCUACAACCCCAGCAGUGACAAGUACGAGACUGUCUGCAACAUCGGCACAGGUUUCUCCGAGGCGGUCCUCGAGGAACUGCAUACACAGCUCAAGGACACGGUCAUCGAUAGGCCCAAGCCCUUUUACUCUCACAGUUCGGGUGGUCAGCACCAGCCCGACGUCUGGUUCGAGCCUCGCUUCGUUUGGGAGGUCAAGACGGCUGACCUGACGCUCAGCCCGCGCUACAAGGCAGGCUGCGGCGAGGGUGUCGACCCGUCCGGGACCAAGGGCAUCAGCCUGCGGUUCCCGCGGUUCAUCAAGUUGCGUGACGAUAAGAAGCCCGAUGAAGCCACAACGAGCAGACAGGUUGCAGAAAUGUACAGGAAGCAGGAAAGUGUGACAAAGAACAAGGGUCCUUCAGUUGACGAUGACUUUGAGUACUGAUACCACUUUUUUUUCUUCUCCUUACUUGCUACUUUGUAAAGAAAAAGGUAACAUGGGGGCUUAUGUAACAGAUGCAAGGCGGGAGUCAGGUGUCUUGAUAACGAUGCUGUUUCAUUAUAGAUUCAUAAGGUCGUUAUUUCAUUUUUGUGCGUUUGUUUUUAUCUAGGUGGUUAUGUCGUGGUCAUAUCAUCAUAAAGGACGGAAUAGGUAAAUCGUAUACCUCGGAAGGUCUUUGCUCCAAAAAUCCCCAACAUUUCUGCAGGAGCUCUCACUGACUGCAAGUUUUCCGACUUUUUUUCUUUUUCUUGCAGUCCCUCUUUACUCAGUUUUGCUCAUCCUUCCUUUUCCUUGUCACGAGCCUCCCUGAUCCUGUCCUUGAUCCUGUCCUUGGCCAAGUCGAGCGUGUCCUUGGCGACCAGCACUCUGCUCCCUGGGUCGUUAACCAACGGCGGACCGGGUGGCUUCCCGUUGCCGGACCACUCAAAAGUGCGUGCCUUGCUGAGGGUGCGACGGCGCAUGGUGGCCAUGAUCUGGGCCUCCAUACGCUCGAUGCCCUUUUCGAGGUCUUCAUCCUCCUCGGCGUGCGCCUUUUCACGCUUGCGCUCCCAGAUGAGCCAUACGAGCAGGAUCAAGCCAGUCAGCGGCAGCGAGGUGGCGAAGAAGAUCCACAGCGUGCUGGCGACGACGGGCUCGCCCUGCUGCGGCAUAAAGUCGAAAAACGACAUGCCAAAGAUGGAGCUGAGCAGCGUGGCGGGCAAAAAUAUGGCACCGAGCAGCGACAACGUCUUCAUGCUGUUGCUGUCGCGCUUCGAGGCGUGGGCCAGGCGCCGCUGCUGGCCGGCCAUCUCGAGGUUGAGCUUACUCUCCUUUUGCGCAAUGACGUUGUACAGGGCAGCGCGUUGGAUCUUGAGCCGCGCCAGCGUCGUGUGCGCGUAGUGCUCGACGCCGUUGAGCUUGGCGCGGUAAAAGUCCAGCCGCGAGAGCAUGCUGCGGUGCUGGCGGUCGAGGUCUCCGUCGAGGAGCUGUUGCUGUUGCUGUUGCUGCUUUUGGGGUUUGUUGCCUUUACUACUGUGGCUGUCGCUUUGACUGUCGUGGUCUUGAGCAUUUUGUUCGCGUGGCUCCGAAGGCGGGGAUAGUAACAGCAUAUUGGUGUGGAACCUGUGCAUGGCGUCCUCCAUGGUCUUGAUGAUCUGCAGGUAUGCCUGCGGCCUCUUCCACAGGACCUGGGAGUGGCACUCGACGAGGUCCCUGUUCAGCUGGUCGAGGUCGAGGCCUAGCUUGGAGCGGGCGUACGUCUCAUCGGCCAUGACCUCCUCGCGCAUGCUGAUGGCCUCCUCGAGCCUGCGGAUCCAGUCCCUGGCGUCGCGCUGCUUCUGGUCCGUCGACGCGCUGAGGUCGUGACUGAUGAUGAUGACAGGCAGCAGCAUGGGGUGGCGGACCUGGGCGGCGCAGGCGCGCAGGUGCGUGACGCACUUUACCAGGUCCGACGACGGCGUGCCCUUGGCGUAGCCGUUGGUGAUGCCCGUGGCGAACGAGUGCGAAAGCAUGAGCUCCCAGCCGCGCGUCUUGCCCUUUUUGCGCACGUCUGACUUGCGGAAUAUCACCUGCAAGUGCGGGUCCUCGUCGUCCUGGUCCAUGGCCGACCAGAAAAAGGGGCCGACCACCGAGGUCCCCUCGAUGGCGCGGAAUGGGAGCCGCAUCACGCGCACCAUCUUCUCGUAGUUUUCGGCCGAGAAGGAGAUGUGCCGGGGUGUAAACGUGUCGGGAUCCUGUGCAUCUUUUUGGAGACUGUUUGUUUGGUGGAGAGAAAAGUCAAGUAGUUUUGUUGGUUUAUAUGUUCCUUCUUUUGAUAAGAGGCCAGCCAAGAUGGGAAAAGGGAGAGGUUUCUUGGCAUUCUAAUGACAAAGACAAAUCGGGCAAGUUUUGCCAUGGAACAAAGGAUAUGUUGUACAUGUACAGUAGUAGUUGUAUAUGAAGACACUUACACUAGCCGUAUUCCGCUCAGCAACUUCACGCCUGCUUUUAGUUUUGGUGGCUCAAAGACCCCCUGGCGAUUGAUGAAAUUUUCAAACUCAUCCAGAGUAGCGGCAUCGCGAUGUUCCUCGUUGGUGUUAUAAGUCGGAUCCUGAGUAGUUGAGGAUUUCUAAAUAACUCGUCGCCUCCGUCACAAUCUCACAGUCCUGAACAUGUUGGUGAAACAUAUAGUCAUCCAUCUUGACACCUAUGACCGGCGGUAAAUGGCUGCUAUACCAUCAGAGCGACAAAAAAAAAA